ACAAACUGCACGCGUGUCGGUCAGGGAGGCUGGUGCUCUGACGUGACAGUAUGAGCUCAUUACACUGUCAGGUUAAGAAAGUAAAACACUGUCCGUCAUCUCUCACCUCAUACUAUUCUUACUAUUACACCAGAUGCCGUCAUGCGCGUGCUCUUCCUAGCCUGCUUAAGUCCAAAAACAGGGAACUGUACCACUGCCGAAAGAAUAAGGGAUCACAUUAUUUCUGCAGGACACAGUUGUGUUCUUCGUGAUACAAGGGAAUUGGGCUCUGCCUCCGAUGUGACGUCCCUGAUGACGAAAGCGCCAGGGUUCGAGGCUGCGCUGGCCAUUCAUCUUUUUAAAGGAGGCAGGUUUCUUUUAGAUACCGGAGUGCCGUUCGGUGUGGUGUUUGGAGGGACAGACGUCAAUGAGGAUGUGAAGGAUGAGCACAAGCGAGCCGUGAUGGAGGAAGUUUUGCACAAAGCCAGGUUUGCUGUGGCAUUCACUGACAGAUUGAAAGAACAGGCUGAAACGCUUUUGGUAUGUGAAAGCAAGAAGAUCCAUGUCCAGCCUCAAGGGAUAGAGACCAGAGUGGCAUCACAUUUCAGCUGGAGAGACUUUUUACACAGUACAGGUGUGUGUACUGAGAAGGUGGAAGAUCUACGUGUGUUCCUGUUGGUUUGUGGACUCAGGCGAGUUAAGGAUCCUCUAUAUCUACUUGAAGCUUUUUCAGAAUGGCACAUACAAAACCCUCUGGUGAUCCUUAUCAUCAUCGGUCCAAAGAUAGAUCCGGUGUUUACCGCAGAGGUUGAGGAACGUGUUAAGAGAUCUGCAGGAGUGUUUCUAGCAGAUGAAUUGAGUAAGGAGGAGCUGCAUGCUGCUAUGCAGAAAUCAUUUACUCUGGUAAACUCCUCUCUCUCAGAGGGAAUGUCUGCUGCUAUCUUAGAGGCAAUGGAUUUAGGUUUGCCUGUUUUAGCGAGGGAUAUUCCAGGAAACGCUGCAAUAAUCAAGCAUGAGGUCACAGGUCUGCUGUACACCACCCCUCAGGAAUUUGUAAGCAUGUCCAAAAAGCUUUUGGAGGAUCUUGAGCUCCAGGAACGAGUGGUGAGAAAUGAAAAGAAUUACAUUAAAACAUGUCACAACCUGAUGGAGGAGAGAACAACCUAUCAGCACCUGGUGGAGUCUCUUCAUUGACGACACGAUGGGAUCAAUGUUUGUCUCAGGUCUUUUGCAACUUUGAGAACUCUUCAUUUAGAGAUCAUGAAUGGACAAAUGCGUUCUUGUAGUUGAAAUGCAAACCUUAAGACCACUAGGACAUCAGUGGUCUUUAUCUCUGGAAUAAGAUAAACAGAGGGAAAAAAUGUGGUUUAUAGGAAUGAUUGCAUAGGUUUUUAUUAUUUAUGCUGCAUCAGAAAUGACAAAACUGUUAUUGUACAUUUACUGUAGUAAAAUUGGAUAUUUAGGAAUAGGAUAUUGUCAGUGGCAUUUAUAAGGUCAGACCAGAGAAACAAAGGGAAGCAUUGCUGGUAUUUUAUGUCAGUUGAUUCAGUUGCCAAAACCUGGUACUUUCGGUACUAUUUUAAUCUUCUUAUAUAAAUACAGUACAUGUUAUGGUUAUCAUUAUUGACCCUUUCUUAAGUACAGACUGAACCUCUGAUUCUGUGAAAACAGAUUAUUAUUAUGUGCUAAUUUUGUUUGCUUUAAAUAAAGACAUAUGAUUACUUUGCUGAACACAUUUAACCAUUUUACUUUAUAUGAAAAUGUUUAUGUUUAGGGAUUGAGGUCAAAAGAUAAGUUUGUGUUUAAAGUAUUUAUUCUGUUAAUUGCAUGUAGCUAAGAAUUUAUGUCUUUAUCUUAAGCAAGAAUGUUUCAUCCUUGCUGUAUCUCUGUUUUAUUUCUUAUACUGCACAAUGCAGUAUAAGAAUAAACUUUUGUAUAAGAAUGUGCCAAGUGUUGCUAUUGUUAUUGCCCAUACCGAGCGUUAAAGAGUAUCUAUUACAAUGUCCUCGAAAUUGCAAUUCAUGCAGUGUGUAAUGUUGCUGUGUGUGAAUGUAAGUAGCCUGCAAAGUUGUAAAGCUGAAAGUGAAUGAAUAACAAAGUUAUUGGCUUG